AUGUUUGUUUGGACAGAACCUUGGAUUGAAGACAAUGGUAGGAGAGCUCCAUGGAGGAAAAACACUUUCUUUGAUGUAAGUUUGCGAGUUUCAGCUUUGAUUGAUCCUAAUACAGGAAGUUGGAAUCCCGACGUACUGGAGGAGCAUUUUUUUCCCCAAGACAUUGACAGAAUUAAAGUCUUUCAGCCUGUUAGAGAUCAUAAGGAUUUUCAUGUAUGGAAACACAACAAAAGUGGUGACUACUCAGUUAAGUCUGGGUAUUGGUGCGCGAAUCAAGAGAAUAAAUCUCAAGUAAGCAGAGAAUCUGAAGUUCAACCUUCUCUCAAUGGGAUUAAAGCAGAGGUGUGGAGUAUCCUUACUAAUUCAAAAAUCAAAAUUUUCCUAUGGAAAGUUUUGAGUGGGGCUUUACCAGUGGCUAUGUCUCUCAAAAGUCGAGGAGUGAUGGGAGAUGAAAGAUGCCAAGUGUGUGGGGAAGAAGGAGAGACUAUCAAUCAUAUUCUCUUCAAAUGUCAUUAUGCUAGACAAGUAUGGGCUCUGUCAGAUUAUCCUACUCCGGAAAGUGGUUUCCAAAAUGGUUCUGUUUUCUCCAAUGUAAACUCUCUCUGCUUUGAUGGUAAAUCGUUCUCUCCCCUUGAAACUAAUGAGAAGAUCACGGAGGGCGCUGAAGAAUGGUUUGCAGCUCAGGUCUUGGACAAUGAGGAUAGCGAUCGGAGGCAACAGAACAGUGAUGAUCAACCGAUGAUCGACCAUGGAGAGUUAUCAGUUUCGUGGUCUAGACCUCAAGAAUCCUGGGUCAAAUGUAAUGUAGGUUUCUCCUGGUCAAAUAGGAAUAUGAUUGCAGGAGGAGCUUGGGUGGUUAGAAACGACGAAGGAAUCGUUUUGUUGCACAUCAUAAGGGCUUUCUCUAAUUUAAGAGACAAAGACGAAGGGGGUUUCAGAGUUUUGGAAUGGGCGAUGAAAAGCAUGGUAAGUCAUGGGAUGAGUAAUGUGAUCUUUGCCAUUCAAAAUAAAACUUUGGUUGGAGCUUUAAAGAGACCAAGAGCAUGGCCAUCUUUUAGAUUUCAGGCCAUGGAACUAAACAAAAUCGUAGAACAGAUUAGUGGUUGGGUUUUGGAGGUUGAGAUGGAGAAAGCUAAUAGAGGUGCGGGUCUCAUCGCUCAAAGCGUCACUCGAGACUCAAGGAUGCAGUCAUAUGUUAUAGUCUCAUAUCCUCAGUGGCUUCAUUUAGUAUUUGAAGAAGAGACCCUCUUAUCCUCAGCUUGCUAA